GUUACCAAAAUGGCGGCGUCAACCUGCCCGUCCGCUGGAAAACAAUAGAGAGGAGCGCCAGCGUACAAACAGUCCUCCCGGGAGGAGAGCCGUCGACCCCAGGCGACGAUUGACAACGAGCCUGGCCCGAGCAUGCUGCGUUUAGGAGCUAACUAACUAGUCAGGCAGCCCCUCGAACAGAGCUAGCCGAGAAGCUAGCCGCGGCUAACGGCUACACGGAGGGAGGGAGGCAGGCAGGCGGGCGGGUGGCGGAGGAGGAGGCAGGCGGGCAGGCGGGCAGGCAGGCAAGCAGGCAGGCAGGCAGGCAGGCGGAGGAGGAUCAGCUGUUGCCUCAACAGAUGCCGUAGAGAGAGCGCACAGCUACACGUCCACACGCGGUGAUGGAGCGGCUGCGGCGGAGGAUCGAGCUCUUCCGGCAGCAUCACAACAGCUGCGAGAGCCGCUACGAGGCCGCCGCGCUGGAGAGCCUGGAGCUGGAGAGGCAGCAGACCUUCGCCCUGCACCAGCGCUGCCUGCAGGCCAAGGCCAAGAGGACCAACAAGCACAGGCAGCCCCCGGCCGCCGCCGCCGCGGAGCAGGGCGGCCAGAGGGCGCCCGGGAGCGGCGGCGGAGCGAGCGCGGAGCUCGGAGACGGCGGCGGCGGAGGAGGAGCCGCCGAACAGAGCCGCAACAGCACGCUCAUUGCCUUGCAGGAGACAGUGAAGAGGAAGCUGGAGAGCGCCGGUUCCCCUCUAGACCGGGAGCAGGUCAACGGCUUCUCGGACGGCUUCCCAGCCAGCAAGAAAGCCUGCGUGGACGCCGCCGGCGCCAACGGCUCCCCCGUGGACUCCAAACUGGGCCUGGGCGAUGCGCUGGCCUCCAACGGCACCCGCGGCGAGUUGGCGGCGGCGGACGGCGCCAAGGAGGCGGCGGCCGACUUCCGACGCAAGGAGAUGAAGCAGGAGCCCGACGACAUCCUGCCCAUCAUGCCUCCUUCGGGGGGAGGAAACAACAACAACAACAACCUGUUCCCGGACCUCAACUUCAACGAGCAGGAGUGGACGGAGCUCAUGGAGGAGCUCAACCGCACCGUGGCCUACGAGGACAUCCAGGACAUCCUCAACGACGGCUUCGAGGACCGCAAAGACCCUCUGGAGAUGACGCCCAAUCCGGGAGGCGGCGGGGCCACGGGCGGGGGCGCCCAGUCCUCCCAGAGUCUCCUACCUCUGGAUUUGGGAAGCGUGAAAGCAGAGUUCUCCCCGUCCCCCUUCGAGCAGGACUCUCGCACGGGUUCCCCUCAUGUCCGCUCGGCGUCUUCCGGGCCGUCUCGCCCUACGGGCUCUCCGGUGGCCGCCUCCUCCCCGGCCGCGCCCCUGCCCAGGCAGCACCCGCCUCCGCCGCCCCCCCCUAACCACCUACUGGCAAAAGACCUCUCCCCCGCCCAGCAGCUUCAGCAGCUGGCCGCCCAGCAGCAGCGGGCCCAGCACCUCCACACCCAGCUGCAGCACAAACAGCCGCCGCCCGCCGGGGCCAAGUUCCACGGCCAGGGCCCCCCCCACGCGCACCCACCGCCCUGGACGCAGUUGGCCGGCCCCCCGCAGAGCCCGCUCGGGCCGGCGUUCGGCAUGGACAAGGCCGCCGGCCCCUCCUUGUACCCACAGGACUUCAAUUCCAACGCGCAGAAGCAGCGACUGAUGUCCGUCCAGCCCCCCAAGGGCUCGCCCAAGGCGGGGGCCAACAGCUUCGCGCCCGGGGGCGCCGGACACCCCAGCGUGCUGGGCCACCCGGCCCAGGGACCCCCUCUCAACCACCCGCCCGCGCCGGGGGCUCAGGCGGCCGUGUUGAACUACAACAACACCAAACCCCUGUCCCACUUUGAGGCCGGGCCCGGUCCACCCAGGCCCCCCAACGGCCAGAACCAGAACAAGGCCGCCCUCCUCAGCCUGCUCAGACAACAGCAGCAGCAACAGCAACAAAUGAAGCAGAAGAACAACAUGAACUUCCGCCAACAUCUAACACACACGCAGGACCAGAACUCGUACCCGACGCCUUCUCACGGCCCCGGUCAGGCCAAUGCCUUGACGUCCGCGGCGGGCAACGGCGGAAUGGCGGCGCCGCCCGGGCCCAACGCCCUGGCGGGUAACCAUAGCAACACGGCCUACCUCAACAGCCAGGCGGCGGCGCUCAAGCAGCAACAGCAACAACAAAUUCUGGAGCAGCAGAAGCAGCAGUACCUGCAGAGACAGCAGAUGAUGGCAGAACAGGAGAAGCAACGUCAGCAGGACCAGCAGCUCCAGAGACACCUGACCAGACCCCCCCCUCAGUACCAGGACCAGCCCGGACAGACAGCCAAUCAGAACGCGUUCCCUCAAACGCCGGUCAGCCAGUUUACAGGUCCGUCGCUGGCCAGCGUGUCUUCCAUGGGAGGCCCCGCCCCCGCCGGCCAGCGCAUGUUCCCCCAGCCGCAAGGCAUGAUGGGAAUCAAAAUGGCGGCCGGCGGCGUGCCUCCGCCCCCGACGGCGAGCCAGGCGGACCUGGGGCUGACGUCCUGCGGCGGGGACGUGCAGCAGGUGCUGUACAACAACAUGAACCUUCACCCGGGUGGCGGGCACGCGCCCCAACAGCGCCAACCCAUGUACAGGCACGCGCUGCUGGCCCAGCAGCAGCAGCAGCAGCAGCACCUCAACAAACAACCCAACGCAGCCUUGUUGAAGCAGCAGCAGAUGGCGGCCGCCCGCAUGCCCGCCAACAUGCAGGCCAGCCCGAACGCCGUGUGGCAGCAGCAGGGCCUGGCCCCCAACGCCUUCGCCAACGCCCCCAACGCUUUCCACAUGCAGCAGCAGCAGCAGCCUCGCAUCCCCAAAAUGACCGCCGGCUCCGCCGCCGCUUUUAACGCCAACCCCGCAGGGCGGCCCAUGGCGGGCAUGAUGCAGAGCGCCCAGCAGCGGGCGCCGUCCAACCCGCAAAGCCUGGGCCCGCCCCAGACUCAACAUCAACAAGCGACUCAGAACCACCCGACCAAUCAGAACGUCCUUCCCGACCUGGCGGCGUUCGGGGCCGCGGCGAGCGGCGGGCGGCCGAGCUUGGCCUGUAACCAAGGUUACCAGGUCAGCAGGACGGCCAAUCAGCAGCAGCUCUCCUUCGGCUACAACGCGGCGGCGGGAAGCUUCGCGGCCGAGAGCGACCUGGUAGAGUCGCUGCUCAAGGGGCAGAGCACGCACGAAUGGAUGGCCGACCUGGACGAGCUGCUCGCCUCGCACCAGUAGAUGCGCCGCCCGCCGCCGCUCGGUGGUUGCACGUUACAUGUCACGUGAUGCGUGUCACAUGUAACACGUUGCCACGCCCCCUUCAUCUUCUGCCCAGGGACGGGCGAGUAGCGACGCCAGGAAUCGAUACCGGCCGAUACCGCCCUUAUUUUAAUGUAUCUGAUAUCAGCCGCCGAUACUUAAAGGCAAAAAAAAUUGACGUGGAGUAAGGCCUGUUACACACACAAGGAUUUGCCAAGUCUCUACUCAGUUUUGGCCCACAGAUAAGAAUAGGUAGGUAGGACACGUCCCUACGGCAACGUUAAGCUAGGAGGGGCACUUUCCAUGUGCGUGGACGGCAAGACAACCGAGGAUGGCGGUACAUUGUGCUGCACACGGUUGUGCACGGCAAUGAGAAAUUCGAAAUUGAGGAUGCGUGCUUUGGUGUUGACAAAAAAGUAAACCUCAUGAAAAUUGGUUGAGAAAUGAGCAAGUCAACGUCGCCCCCAUCAACAUGGCCGCCACGUAGACGCAUCGGUUAGCUGGCCUGCUACAGUGCGCUCCGAUAAUCUCACCACACACCGAACACCACACACACUAAGAUGUUCCACCAUCGAACCAUCGAUCUCCAAUCUAGCCCUCCAAGACAGAAAUCGAGUGUGAUCGAACGAAAAAAAAAAACAUCGUGGUACAGGCCCUUCCGGAUAUUUUGCACUGAUGUGUGCAGGGUGUGUGUCCCUCCCCCCACCCCGAUUGUUUCCUUGUAGGGCGCGACAGAUAUGGGUUUUUUUCAGGCAGAUUACAGUAUUUGGCAGGAAACUGAUGAAUCGGCCGAUUAAUUUAAGAAACAUAAAAUGAAUAAAAGAACCUCUUUUUUGAUCCCUUAAUGCUUACAACAAUAAAGAUCUGAAUUACAGGCAGAA